AUGCAAAAAAAGCCUGGCCGAAUAUCAGAUGGAGUCAAUGGCAGCCAAGGUCAGAGUCGUGCUACGUGCAUAGUACUGUAUACCCGUAAGGUUGCUGGACACGUGCAAUACAUUCCCCCAGUCGAGUUCGAUGGUAAGUGCAAUUGA